AUGGAAGCUAAAAAAAUUUUUAAUAAUAAUCACCCUGAUCAAAUUUUUGAUCAAAAUGAUGAUGAAUUAAAUCUAAAUUCUGAAAGAAAUUUAUUAAUUCAAUCAACAAUAAAUCAUGAUAAUGAUAACAAGUCAAGAAAAUAUGCGGAGACACCUUUACCCAAAUUACCAUUACUUAUAUUAAGUAUAGUGAUUAUUAGUGAGCCUUUUAAUUCAACUAUUUUAUUACCUUUUAUUUAUUUCAUGGUUCGUGAUUUUGGUGUAAGUGAUGAUGAUAAAGAAAUUGGUUUUUACGCAGGAUUAAUAGCAUCAUCUUUUUUCUUUGCACAAUUCUGUUUUUCAAUAUUUUGGGGUUACAUGUCUGAUAAAUUCGGUAGACGUCCGAUCCUUUUAUUUGGAUUAUUUGGAAAUAUGGUGACUUGCUUUAUGUUUGGUCUUAGUAAAAAUUUACUUUGGGCUAUUGCUUCUCGUUCAACCUGUGGAAUGCUAAAUGGUAAUAUUGGUGUUGCAAAAAGUAUGUUGGGUGAACUAACUGAUAAAACUAAUCAAACAAAAGCGUUUUCAUUAUUUGGAUUUUGCUGGGGAAUGGGCUGUAUAAGGCCUGUGAUUGGUGGGUUCUUAUCACAUCCUGCUGACAAUUUUCCAAAAAUAUUUGGCAAUUGUCCUUUCCUAAAGUCAUUUCCAUAUUUCCUUCCUUGUUUUGUUGCUUCAAUUGUUAGUUUUAUUGGGUUAAUUAUUGGAUAUUUUUAUUUACCCGAGACACGAUAUAUGCAUGAUCAUCAAAAAGAAGAAGGAGAAGAAAGAUAUGUCGAUAUUGAAGAUGUUAUUGAUAUUUCAAGCAGAAAAAAUUUGAGUGGAAAUAAUUCAAUAAUCUCAUAUGGAGCUACUGCAAAUGUUGAUUCUAACAAUAGUAAUUAUAAUCAAUCACCUAAAGGAAAUAAUAUUAUACAAUCAUACAUUGAAGAAUAUCCAUGUUAUCCAGAAACAUCGUCAUCUUCAAAUCUACUAAAGGGCUUGUCAAAGAAUAAUGUCACCGACAUCAAAGUCAACAACAAGCAAAGUUUUAUUAUGAAAAAUGGCGAAGAAUCAAAAUCAAAAGCUAAAGUCAAAAUCUCACCAGUUACAUAUAGGUUUGCAGAAGUUAAAGAUGGAGGAUUAGGUUAUUCGUCAAUAAAGCUGGCUCAAAGUUUGGCUUUAAUGGGAAUUAUUCAAUUAGUUUCUCAAUUUCUGAUUUAUCCUUGGUUAAGAACUAAAGUAGAUUUGAUUAAAUUAUAUCGUAUAACAUCAAUAUCUUACGUUACUUGUUAUUUGUUAUUUCCUUUAUUGAAUCGAUUAAAAAAAUCAUUCAUGAAUCUACCACUUGAAUCAGAGUAUGGUGAUGAUGAUGAAAUUGUUAAUAAUUCUGCUAGUUCUGAAACACUUGGUACUGUCAAUGGAAUAGGUCAGACUUCUUCAGCAUUUGUUCGUUCUAUUGGUCCAGCAUCGAGUGGAUCUUUAUGGUCUUGGUCAUUGACAAAUAAUUUAAGUUUUCCAUUCAACGAUUAUUUUGUAUUUAUUGUAAUGAGUCUCACUGCUCUAAUAGGAUCAAUUCAAAGCUUUACAAUACCGCGUGAAUUGGGAGAAAUAUAG